AUGACAUGUUUGCCUUCUCCUGUCAACGUGGAGUUCCUUGUGAAGUUAAACAUGUUGCACAGCAAGCUUGAAAAGUUGUGGGAAGGAAUUAAAUCGCUUCGAAAUCUCAAGCGGAUGAGUUUGAGUUUUUCGAAAAACUUGAAGGAGCUUCCUAAUUUGUCAACUGCCAUUAGUCUCAAAGAAUUACAUCUUGAUGGAUGUAAGAAUCUGUUGAAACUUCCACCUUCUAUUGGGAGUGCAACUAAUCUCCAAAAACUGGAUCUUAGAGGUUGCUCAAGUCUGGUGGAACUUCCUUCUUCUAUUGGAAAAGUAACUAAUCUCCAAGAAAUGAAUCUUAGGGGUUGCUCAAGUCUUGUGGAACUUCCUUCUUCUAUUGGAAAAGUAACUAAUCUCCGAGAAAUGAAUCUUACGGGUUGCUCAAGUCUGGUGGAACUUCCUUCUUCUUUUGAGAAAGCAGCUAAUCUCCAAAGAUUAUAUCUUAAAAAUUGCUCAAAUCUGAUGAAGCUGCCUUCUUGUAUUGGAAAUUCAACUAAUCUCCAAUAUUUAGAUCUCAGGGGUUGUUCAAGUCUGGUGGAGCUACCUUUCUAUAUUGGAAACGCCAUUAAUCUCACUGGUUUAAAUUUUAGUGGAUGCUCAAGUUUAGUGAAAGUACCAGCCUCUAUUGAAAAUUUGAAAUCUUUGGAUAGUCUUGUUCUUAGUAGCUGCCCAUCCUUAAAAGUUUUUCCUGAGAUGUCCACAAACAUAAGGUCUCUUGUUCUCAGCGGAGCUGCAAUAGAAGAAGUGCCUUCAUCAAUCAUGAGGCAGUAUCGUCUUCGUCAACUUAUACUAAAGGGAUGCAAAAAGCUCGUGUCGCUCCCACAGCUUCCAGAAUCCUUAUCAGAUCUAAAUGUGGAAAAUUGUGAGUCUCUAGAGAGGCUAGAUUGCUCCUUCAGCAAACUUUAUAUGAAACUCAAUUUCGCAAACUGCUUGAAACUGAAGAAAGAUGCUAGAGAUCUCAUCAUCCAGUCAUCUGGCUGUUACACCCAUGUCUUGCCCGGCAAAGAAAUACCUAUCUGCUUCACUCAUCAAGCUAAUGGAGGUUCCCUAAUAUUGAAGUUCAACCAAAGGCAUUUCCCUUCUUUCUUGAAAAUUAAGGCUUGCAUUUUGCUGGGUUGUAAGAGUGACACUGUGAUAGAAAGCUGGCCAUAUAUUUUGGUGGAGAAUGAGGAGAAUGACGUAGAGAUGCUGUUUGAAUAUAGUGAUGAUGAGGAUUGGGGUGAUGAGGAGAAAUAUCGUGAUAAACAUGUUGAUAAGGUGUCCAUAUAUCUUGGGAUAAGGGACAAACAUAAUCACGUGGUCAUGCACACACGCAAAAUCAGUGAUAUAUAUAGCCCUUUAACAGAGCAUUUGUACAUUUGUAAGCACUUCUUUUACUUUGAAGAAGAUGUGACUUCGCAUGAGCUUUUCUUUGAAUUUUCGGUCUGGGGCGACGGCAAAUGGGUUAUAAAAAGAUGUGGAGUGAACAAUGAAGCCAAAGAAGAAAUACAUGAAGGUAACAGCAGUGAUUGUGAGGCCAACGAAGAAAUAAAUGAAGCUGAUGUGACUUCGUCUGGGCUUUUUUUUGAACUUUUGACAAAUGAUUGUGGGAUGGAUUAUGGAGAUUGUGAAGCUGAAGACGCAGAUGUGACUACGCCUGUGAUUUUCUUUGAAUUUCUGACAAAUGAAGCAGGAGAAGAAACAAAUGAAGGUUAUUGUGCUGAGAGGAAGAAGAGAAAAAUGGACCAAGAUGGAGAUAGUUCCCUGGUUAUUGAUACUAGCUCCAAAUACACAAGUAACUCUGGAGCUGGUUGUUCCAAGUCCAUGGCUAUUGAGAUGGGACUCGAUCAGUGGCGGAGCCACAUUGUAUGA